CUAUCGCAUUCAGUCAUAUAAAUCGAACAAAAUCAGCUCGGAAGACAUUAGCUCAUCGCAGUGUUUCCGUCAUGUCGAUUCUAGCAAUACUGCUAGCUUGUGCUCUAUUAGUCACUGCCGAUGAUAGUGAAAUCGCUAAAGAAAGUGCGACGGAUUAUCGCUUGCCAAACGGCACAGCUCCAAAGCAUUACGAUAUCCAGCUGUGGACCAAUGGUCACGAAGGGAAUCUCAGCUAUCGUGGUUUGGUGAAGAUUUUGGUGGAUAUUGGGGAGCCGACGAAUCAAGUGAUUCUGCACGCAGUGAAUCUCAGUAUACGGCAGUGUAAUCUAUUCCGGUUAAGCGGGAAUGACGAACGCGUUGAGUUGAAGGGCUUGAAUGUGCAAAACAUCCUCGAGAAUGAGCAGCUGAUGAUAAGCACGAAUGAUCUGAUUGAGGUUGGAGCGCAUUUGCUUGAAAUUGAGUUUAAUGCAACUGUGAAUUCGACGUAUCCGGAGGGGAUUUUUCUAUCGUCUUACGAGGAUGAAGUUGGUGGCAAGCGGUUUGUUUUGGCAUCACAGUUCGAUCCGAUUGGAGCACGGCGAGCAUAUCCCUGUUUUGACGAACCUGCGCUGAAGGCUACUUUUAACCUGUCGAUUGUCCAUCACAAGAGUCAUGAAGCUUACUCAAACAUGCCGGCGAUUGGAAGGGAGGUUGUCGGUGGAGAUUAUGUUGAAACUGUGUUUCAGCAAACACCUUUGAUGUCCAUAUAUCUGCUGGUGUUUUGUACGACAGAUUUGGCUGUGCAAACGGUUGGAAAUCAAAUGGCUUUGGUGAGGAAAAGUAUGCUUGAGAAGGCAACCGAAUCGCUUCAGGUGAGUAACGAAAUUUUGGACGCCCUGUCAAAGUACACGGAUUUGCCUUAUAGUGAUUACGUACCAAAAUUGACUCAUUUGGCAGUUCCCUUCGCCGAGAGAGCACACUUUUCGGCGAUGGAAAAUUGGGGAAUGAUUUUGUACUUGGAAAAGUUCUUCGUCGAUCCUCCCUCAUAUUACAACCUUUACGGAUACGGAGGUAAUCGUUUGCCUGCGAUAGAAGUAAUUGCUCACGAGAGUGGCCAUCAAUGGUUUGGCAAUUUGGUCACUCCUCAGUGGUGGAACCAUCUCUGGCUGAAGGAAGGAUUCGCUACCUUGUACCAGAACUACAUCUUGGAUGUGAUAAGACCAAAUGAACGCUGGAUGGACACAUUUUUAGUUCACGAGAUGCCACGAGGACUAAUCGACGACGAGUAUACUAAAGCAAUAUCAUUCGAGUGCAACAACAGAGAAAACAUUAAAAAACAGUACAACGAUUAUUCUUAUCAAAAAGCAGCCAGUGUUUUGAACAUGUUCCGUAACGUUCUUGGCGAUGAGAAAUGGCAGAAAGCUGUGCAGAUGUACUUGAAAAGUCGAGCCUUGGACAAUGCCACCCCCGAAGAUCUGUACUCGGCGAUAGAAGAAGUUAGUGGUGGGAGUGACUUCUUUCCUGGCAACAUCUCGGUUGAGGAAAUUUUCAACUCGUGGAUACUGGAAGAAGGAACUCCUGUGCUAUACGUUGAUCGAUUAGAAGGUGGAAACAAAAUAAUCCUAUUUCAAGAAAGAGAGCAAUAUUGUACCACUUCCGGACUCGAGAAUAGAAUGAUCCCCUACAAUUAUGCUUACGAAUCAUCUCCAAGUUUCUAUGAAACAGGACCAAUCGAAUGGCUGACUGAUAAUUUGGCCCAGAUUACAACUAACGCGUCCUAUGACGAGUGGAUAAUUUUCAACAAACGUCGUUUUGGCCCCUACAAAAUCAUGUACGACCUGCACAACUGGCGACUGAUCAUUCGUGCACUGCAGAACAAUGCUUCGUGUAUUCACUAUUUGAAUCGGGCUCAACUGCUGGACGACGCGUAUGAUCACAACAGAGAGGGAAGACUUGUCGUGAAAAUUGUGUUUGAUUUGGUUACAUACCUCCGGAAUGAAACGGAUCUUUUGGUGUGGUCCAGGGGAAGACGGAUUGUUGACUUCAUGAGACAUCAUGUCCGAGGAAAUGAUAAUUAUAAGCUUUUUAAGAUAUUCCAAACUCACCUGAUCGCAAGAGUUUACGAGAAAUUCGAACCACAAAUGAAACUCUUCCCGUUCACGGUGUCGACGCACAGAUGGAUCACAAACUUGGCCUGCAUCGGCGGUAUCGACCGUUGUUUGGAUGCUGCAAGAAGAGCCUUUUCAAGCGCAGUUCAAACUAAUGCAACCGUCAGACCGGAAGAAAUGCACACCGUGUACUGUUUUGGGCUGCGAAACGCUACCCAAGAGGAGUUUAGCUGGCUGUUGAACCGACUGAGGACGACUCGAGAUGCUAAGGAGCAGGAAAUACUGCUUGCAGUGUUUAUUGUUUGUACGGAUCAGGUGGAUCGAAUGCGGAGAGCAAUCAUCAAUAUUCAAGAGUAUUUGAGUGAGGAUGAGAAACGCCUGAAAGAUUUUAGCUUAGAAUUUAAUGACAGUUAUUUGAGGGUUGUCGAAGAGAAAUUCCAACAGCUAUUCGAAAUUUUAGAUGAAGAUUCCGAAUUCAUGAAACGUUUAGGUUAUUCACUAGCGAAAGAAGUACUGUUAGCUAUGAAACUUAUAUCAAGUACAAAAGAUGAAAACGCCAAACUAGUUCAGUUAGUUAAAAAGUUCAAUGAGAUAUUCGAAAACGAAAACGAUCGCUUGAACUUGGAAAUACGCGAAAGAAAACCAAAACUCAACAGUUUGGUGUUGGAAGAUUUUCUUCAAAAAUAUGUCAGCAAAUUAAACGCACCCCUCCAGAAAUAAACUCCAGCUCAGCAUGACAUCGA